AUGGCAGCUAUUGGUUGCUUAAUGGCUGUCAGUUGUUUGAAAACUCGCGUGAAGAAACGUAAGAGAAAGAUAUGGGUGAAGGAUUGGUUAUCAAAAAGGGCAAAAUAUUUACAUGUGAACCUGCUAACUGAACUCAGGAUUUGCCCUAAAGACUGGCAAAAUUAUUUAAGAAUAGACGAGGAUACAUAUUUAAAAUUACUAGCAUUGAUCACUCCUUUCAUAAAAAAAAAUGAUACGGUAAUGAGACAAGCCAUUUCACCCCAUGAAAGGCUCACGACGAUUCUAAGAUUUUUGGCGACAGGAAGAAGCUACGCAGAUCUGAAGUUUUCUAGGCUCGCUUUCAAACAAUUUAAUGAAUUCAUCAAUAAAUUCACGGCUCAUUUUAAAUGGCUAGGUACACACGAGUCACGAAGAGGAAAUGAUAAACUUUAA